UAGGAUGUGAGCUGUCUAUCCAUGUCAGGAGUGCAACCUAAAUCCGUUUAAAGUAAACACCAAUGACCCAAACAUCGACUAAAGUUGUUGUCAUCGGUGGCGGCAUUAGUGGUUUGUCUGCUGCUCGGGUUCUUCAGGACGCUGAUGUGGAUGUUGUUGUUCUCGAGGCCCAGGACAGAGUCGGUGGUCGAACUCACACCAUUCAGGAUCCAUCUCAUGGCGUUGUUGAUGUUGGUGGGGCAUAUAUCGGCCCUGGACAGAAUCGUGUGUUCCGAUUGGCCAAAAAUCUAGGUCUUGAAUUCUACAAUGUUAACGAGAAAGAAAAAACUGUUCUCAGUUUACAGGGAUCCUGGAGCACCUUUUUAGGGGCUGUUCCCCCUCUGAAGAAUCCGAUUGCCCUUCUAGACUUGAACCAUGUGAUGCGCACUCUAGACAGUAUGGCUUUACAGGUUCCUGUGGAUUCACCAUGGAAAGCGAAGCAGGCCUUACAGUGGGAUUCCAUGAGCGUCAAGGAAUUUGUUCAUUCAAUAGCAUGGACAAGCGCCACUGUGGAAUUGAUUCGACUGACAGUCCAGGCAGUUCUCACAUCAGAAAUGCAUGAAGUCUCUCUGCUGUUUUUCCUGUGGUACAUUCAUUCUGGUCAGGGCAUCACUCGACUGACAACAAUAACAAACGGAGCUCAGGAGAAGAAAAUGUUUGGUGGAGCUCAGCAGAUGUCUGAGGGAAUGGCGCGUCUCCUUGGUGACACUGUGCAUCUGAACAGUGCCGUUGUCAACGUCACCGAGACAGAAACAGGAGUCAUUGUAACAGAUUGUAAUAACACAAAAUACCAGUGUGAGUUUGUGAUCAGUGCUGUCCCGCAGGCUCUUCUCAACAGAAUAAGCUUCAAGCCUCCAUUACCAGGCUCCAAGCUACAGCUGAUACAACGGAUACCCAUGGGAUCAAUAAUCAAGACUAACAUGUAUUAUGAAACUGCAUUCUGGAAAGAUCUAGGGUUUUGUGGCAGUGCCAUUUCUGACAGCGGGCCUGUGGGUUACUGUGUGGAUGACACGAAACCGGAUGGGUCACACCCAUCACUGAUGGCUUUUAUACUGGCAGACAAGAGUAGAGACAUGGCGAGCCUCACACCUGAACAACGAAAACAAGCAUUGUGUCAACAUUUUGCAAAGGUGUUUAAGAGUGACGAGUUUCUACAGCCUAUUGGUUACAUUGAGAAGAAUUGGAUGAAAGAAGAAUUUUCCGGUGGAUGUUACGUCAGUACGUUUCCUCCAGGAGUCUUGACCAAAUAUGGCAGAGAGCUUCGUAAGCCCGUUGGUCGGACACACUUCGCGGGAACCGAGACUGCUUCAGAGUGGAUGGGGUACAUGGAAGGAGCCAUUCAAGCUGGGGAGAGAGCGGCAAGAGAAGUGUUAUACGAACUUGGCUUGAUUCGAGAGUCUGAUAUCUGGCAGAGUGAGCCGGAGUCCAUGGACUACCCAGCACAUCCGGUAGCCAGACAGUGGCUGGAGGACAAACUGCCGUCGGUGACCCGACUGUUGUGCAUGCUGGGAGUUCUAGCUGCAGGGACAGCAGUGGCCUUCGUGUCGUACAAACAGUCUUCUUUAAAACAUUACUUUUAGUUGUUAGUUGUUCGUUUUCUUUGUAUCCAGCCAGACUUGUUAUCAUUGAUUGUAAAUCAGAGUUGUUGAAAGAAAUUGGCUGGGUGUAAAUCAGAGUUGUUGAAAGAAAUUGGCUGGGUGUAAAUCAGAGUUGUCAGAAACCAGUUGGGCUGAUUGUAAAUCAAGUUUGUCAAAAUUCGAAUGGGCUGUAUAAAGCAGAGUUGUCAAAAAACAAAUUGGCUGACUAAAUCAGGGUUGUCAAAACACAAAUUGGGUGACUCCAAAUCAGGGAUGUUGAAAGCCAAAUUGAAUGACUGUAACUCAGGGUUGUUGAUAGUCAAAUUGAUUUAUUGUUAAUCAGUGUUGUUGAUAGUCAAAUUGAUUUAUUGUUAAUCAGUGUUGUUGAAAGCCAAAAUGGCUGACUGUAAAUCAAGGUUGUUGAAAACCAAAUAGUCUGACUGUAAGUCAGGGUUGUUGAAAGCAAAAUUGGAUGACUUAAUCAGGGAUGUUGAAAGCCAAAUUGAAUGACUAUAAAUUAGGGUUGCUGAAAACCAAACUGAAUGACUGUAAAUAAGGGUUGUUGAAAGUCAAAUUGGCCAACUAAAUCAGGGUUGUUGAAAACCAAAUUGGCUCACUGUAAAUCUGGGUUGUCAAAAACCAAAUUGGCUGACUGUAAAUCUGAGUUGUCAAAAACCAAAUAAUCUGACUAUAAAUCAGGGUUGUUAAAAACCAAAUAGUCUGACUUGUGUUUUUUUUUACUGUAAAUCAUGGUUGUUGAAAGCCAGAUUGUCAGACUGUAAAGCAGGUUCUUAAAAGCCAGAUUGUCUAACUGUAAAACAGGUUCUUAAAAGACAGAUUGGCUCACUGUAAAUCAGGAUUGCCGAAACUCAAAAUUGGUUCACUAUAAAUGAAGCUGACAAAUCCAAAAACUGGCCAACUGUAAAUGGAUGUUUCCAAACUCAAAAAUGGUGGACAUUUUUUGAUUCUGGGUUUCCUGGAAAUGUUGACAGCAAUGGCCUGUAUUUCUUGCUUUUUUUUCCCAAGAAAUUACUUUUACUUUGUUUAAUUAAAUUUAUAUCCUGUCGGACCUGCUUGAGCUAUUGUAAAUCAGGGUGGUUGAAAGCCAAAAUUUGCUUGCUGUAACUCAGGAUUGUAAAAGCACAAAAUUGGAUGAUUGGAAAUUAGAAUUGUCAAAAGCUAAAUUGGCUUAAGUCAUAAUUAAAAUAAAUGCUAGAUUUUCUUACAAAUGGUUUUCAAAAUGGAUGUAGGGGUGAAUUUUUAUUUUGUAUUAAAUAUUUUCAGUCAUUGGAAUUACUGCACAUCGAGUAUGAUAUAUGUUUAAAGGAUAAGCAUUUUUAGCCAAAUAAGUGCAGGCUAAAUGGGAUGGGCAGGGAUAAAAAAAAACUCAAUGAUUUUUUACAUUAUAGGCUCACUGUAAACCUUUAUAUACAUGUAGAUGCAUAGAUGCAAAAUGUGAGCCAAAUUUAGGAAAAUGGUAAUCAUUGUAUAUAUUUAUUGUAUUGUGUACGUUUAUUUGAUUUAUUGCAUAUAUUUAUUCUAGGUGCAUUAAGUUUUUAAAUGUAGACAAAAUAUGACAUUUAUUUUAUUCUAAAUAUCUUUGUUUAUUGUAAAAUAAUAAAUAUAUAUGGUUGAAUGACAAAACAUUCCCAUAUCAGAAUUGUAUCUCUGCACAAGGCAGAGUCAAAAGGAUGUUAGGCAAAAUGGUGAUUGCUUCCAUAAUCUACUAUCAGGUGUUCUUCCUGAAGAGGACUGCCACUCCUAUAGGAGAUCAGUAACAGGAUGUUUCAUCCCUCCUGCACCACAUGUAGGACUGCCACUCUUGUAGGAGAUCAGUAACAGGAUAUUUAACCCCUCCUGCACUGCAUGUAGGAGGACUGCCACUCCUAUAGGAGAUCCGUAACAGGAUGCUUCACCCCUCCUGCACCACAUGUAGGAAGACUGCCACUGAUAUAGAUCAGUAACAGGAUGUUUCAUCCCUCCUGCACCGCAUGUAGGAGGACUGCCACUCUUAUAGGAGAUCUGUAACAGGAUCUUUCACCCCUCCUGCACCGCAAUGUAGGAGGACUGCCACUCCCAAGACUUGCACAGGAUAGACUCAAUAGAAUAUAUACAACUGUGAUAACAUACACUCAUGAGUUACUGUAAAAACAGUGAUGAUAUCAGGUGUUUGCAAAAGGUGAGCAUAUCCUGUCCUACCGGUGACACCCGUCAUGAGCACAGUCUACAGCCAUAACGUCCAUAGUUACAUGUGGCUGAUGGAUCAACAGCUUGUGUAACUUCAGUCCAAGGUGGCCCUCAUAGACAGUUAAAUGUAUAUUAUUUUUUACUACAAAUGGUAUAUGCAUCUUUAGGAAUGUUGAUAAUUUAAAAACAGAUGUUUGCUAAAUUUAUUUAAUUGACUUUAACAACUGAUUAAACGCUGGACAAUCAUUGGUCGAUUCUGCAUAUGAAUAUGGAUGAAAUUGUUGAUCUGGGCCCCGUUCCACGAACCGAUUUUAGCGCUAAGAUCAUCUUAGUUGCAUAAGGUAGUUAUUCACUUAAGGUGCUCUUAGAACUAAAAGCGGUUCGUGGAACGAGGCCCUGAUCACAAAGUGACAUAUUCUUGAUCAGAUGUGCGCGUGUAGGGGUGGAACCAAAUUUUAUUUUUUACUUUUUACAUAUAUUUUUUGUAUGGUAGGAGUGCAUGAACCGCCUCCACUCCCCCAGAAACUGUGCUCAUCACACUACAGACCCCCGCUAAAUAAAUUCCUACACACGCACCUGCUGAUAUUGUAUAGAAAUUCAUUCAUAUCAAAGCUUACUGUGAUAUAUGUAUGCAUGGUGGGUGGUGGUGGUGGUGGUGGGGGGGGGGGGGGGGGGUAUGCUUUUUAAAGACCCAUGUGUAUUACACUUCUUCUUUUUUGCAAUGAGAUAUAUUUGUAAUCAGAAUACGUAUUACUGCAUAAUGUUUUCAGAAUGUUUUCCCCGUUAUUUCCUGGUGUAACAAAGGCCGUGGUAUGUACUAUCCUGUCUGGGAUGGUGCAUAUAAAAGAUCCGUUGCUGCUAAUCGAAAAGAGUAGCCCAUGAAGUGGCGACAGCGAGUUUCCUCUCUCUAUAUCUGUGUGGUCUCUAACCAUAUGUCUGACGCCAUAUAACCAUAAACAAAAUGUGUUGAGUGCGUCAUUAAAUAAAACAUUUCCUUCUUUUCCCUCCCUGUUAUUUCCAGUGCACUUAAAUUGCCGUUAGCACUGGGGUAAUAGAAAUAGUCUGGAGGUAUGAGGUGUGCAGGUACUUAUUAUUCACCUGUGAACUGUCUGGGAGAUGCAUAAUCUUCAGAGGUGGUGGACAUUACGCCCUUGCCCCUCCAUCCUCUACAUGCGAUGGCGAUUUUCUUUUUUCAUAAACAUUCUAUGACAUUUGACUUUAGUAGGGUGGGCUGAGGUAAUCAACCAUGAUGGGGUCAAACAUUUGUUUAUGUGUGUGUUGGGGGUGGGGGUGGGGGGGGGAGAUAUUUUGUAUAACUAAUUUGUUAAAUAGAGAUAAUACAUUCGUGCCCGUAAGAUACCAUUGUUUUAAAAUGUAUCUAACGAGCAAAAGCGAGUUUGAUAUGUUUUUUAAACAACGAGUUGUGAGAUAAAUGGUAUCAAACGAACAUGAAUGUAUUAUUCUAUUUUUUACAUAUCCUCAAAA